GCCGAGCGUCCCGUCCAAUGGGUGGCGGAGGAGGCCUCCGCAACGGGCCAAUCAGGGCGGUGCGGAGAUGGUGACCAAUCAGCAGACGCCGCUGCCGGCUUUAUAAACUUCACAUAGGCAUUUGGAGGCUAUACUCCGACUGUGAAAGAAGGAAGCUAGCUAGCGCCAUGGCCAGAACCAAGCAAACCGCUCGCAAAUCCACCGGUGGCAAAGCACCCAGGAAGCAGCUCGCCACCAAGGCUGCGCGCAAGAGCGCCGCCUCCACCGGCGGCGUGAAGAAGCCUCACCGUUACAGGCCCGGCACCGUGGCUCUUAGAGAGAUCCGUCGUUACCAGAAGUCCACUGAGCUGCUGAUCCGCAAGCUGCCUUUCCAGCGCCUGGUGCGAGAAAUUGCCCAGGACUUUAAGACCGACCUGCGCUUCCAGAGUUCCGCAGUGAUGGCCCUGCAGGAGGCAAGCGAGGCUUACCUGGUCGGCCUGUUCGAGGACACCAACCUGUGCGCCAUCCACGCCAAGAGGGUGACCAUCAUGCCCAAGGACAUCCAGCUGGCCCGUCGUAUUCGCGGAGAGCGUGCAUAAACGAUGACCUGAUCUCCAAAAUCCCCCAAAGGCUCUUUUAAGAGCCACCUCCAUAUUUCAGUCAAAAAGGCACAAUUGUUCCAUUUGUACACGCCCCUUUCCCACCGUGUUCCCUGCUCUCGAGUCCCUACAGACCGUGGUUCGAUUCCAGGCUGUAUCAGGCUGAUUGUAAUUAAGAGUUGGUUCUUAACUGACUUGUGUCGUUUCAAUAACGCUCUCUAUAUGUGAUUAGAUGUAUGCCUAGAGUAGAAGAGGGGGAAAAUACACUAUCAGUAAUAAGUGAUAGUAAUGAUAUAGGGCAAACAACUGACUUUGAAAGUCCCAUGUUGCAGUGCCGCUGAUGAGAGGGGAAAAGUUUACCGUGGAGCACGGAGUCCAUCUAGUGGUUAAACGCGGGUACUGUCAGCGUGUGAGCACGUCAUAGUGGCUCCCUAUUGGUAUUUGAUCUUCAGGCCAGCGUUUCCCAAACUCGGUCCUCGGGUCCCCAAGUGGGGCACGUUGUGUUUUUUCGAAUCCAAUUGCUCUUGGAAUGUAACAUGCUAGAGUCUGUCUAUUCCUUUGUGAAAAUGGCCAUUCAAUCAUUUCUGGCCCAUGUGACAUUCCUGGAUGGCAAAGAAAUCCAUGUUUUGAUCCGAUCAUUACAACGUUAGCUGUGUGCACCCCGUAAUUGAUGCGACUGACUAAGCUAUUGAAAGUAAAAUGAUAUAUCUCUGUCCAGCGCAAGUGAAAGGUGGUCGAAAAAAAGUGGUACCAACGUUUUGGUUGAAAGUAUAGGAAAUGUUGUAGGCCACCAAAUUAGACGUGAUAUUAUUAAGUCGCCCUUCUGUGCUUGUUUGUGUGAUUGCAUAGGUAAGUUGUUUCGAUAUAGUGGAAUAAAUGGAGAAAUGGAAGGAAUGUAAUUUAGUGGGAUGAAUUCAGUGUGCGAUUGAAUAUUCCAAUGCCAUACCAUAGAAAAGGUAUCAGGACAGCAGGAAUCAAUAGAUGUAAUCAUCAAGGGCUUGCAAAAGAGCUGUUACGAAACAGGACACAAGCAGCCGGGAUGAUUGCCCUAUUAGUAGUUGACCAAUUACAAAAUAGCAAUCACCAAUGCAGGCAGGUACGUGUUGAUUGCUGCAUUGGCUUCGUAAAUAGGCUUCAUAAGGAACUAAAUGGCUCAGCACAUGACACCUUCACAGUGCAGAAUAUUUGAUAGUACUGACUCCCGUUGAGUAGAGUCGUGUGUCUUUGGCGUGAUUUGAAGUCGACUUCUGAUGUGGGAUUUAGUUCAUUUUUAAAAGAAUAUUUGCUGAGGAACCGAAAUGAUAAGACAAAGUAAAGGCCCUAAAUACAGGCUGCCAGUUAAAUGCAGCAAUGACACGGCUAAAGUGUGUCAUUGCCGGACCAAAGAGCGGGAAUUGUCUGCUGUUGCAUCUUCACUCGUGAGACAGGUAAUAGCGGAGCUCCGUGGUGCUGAAAUAGACAGCGCCCCUGGCCAUUUGGCAAAGCCUAUUUCCCGUUGAAGGGAUACUUGACAUGCUAUAGGCACAGUUCAGUACACCCCUCAUCCAACAGACCCCCUCCUGUAAUUGGUCCCACAAUCAUCCACUUGAUUCCCGACCAUCAACCGAUUCUCGGGGUGCAUUGGUGUAAAAUGUGGUCGUCGAGAUAAAGUUCUAUAGGCUACAUGGGGUAAUGGCAUCCAGAGCUUACAGAUAAAGAGUGCAGUAGGCUAGAGAGAAAAGUAGCAUUCCGUUGUUCAUAAAGUAGGUCAAUGUAACUUACCCUCUUUUGAUACUUGAGAAACAUACAUUCACAUGAUGUCCAAAUCUGCAA